AUGUCCAUGCAGGUACUUAGUGGAGGGAGUCAUUCAGACUUCGCCGACCGUGUAUGCCAGAGGCUGGGGGAGGAUUCACCGUCCACAAAACUUACAUCAUCGCGGUUUUCGAAUGGCGAGACCAGUAUUGUCAUUGGAAACUCGGUCCGCGGCGCCGAUCUGUUUAUCAUCCAGACAGCAGCAGAACCGGUCAACGACAUGCUCAUGGAACUCUUAAUCACGAUCAGCGCCUGCAAGACUGCCUCGGCCAGGAAGAUCACCGCCGUGCUCCCCUGUUUCCCUUAUUCGAGGCAAGACAAGAAAGACCGCAGUCGAGCUCCCAUCACCGCUAAACUGGUGGCCAACAUGCUUGAGACAGCCGGCUGCAAUCAUAUCAUCACUAUGGACUUGCAUGCCUCACAAAUCCAGGGCUUCUUCAAUAUUCCCGUGGACAAUCUCUAUGCCGAGAGUGCAAUGGUCGAGUACAUUCGAAGUAAUAUGCCCCUGGACAACGUCGUCAUUGUGUCUCCUGACGCAGGUGCUGCUAUCAUUGCGGACAAGCUGCGUCUUGAUCUAGCCCUCAUCCACAAGGAGCGUAAAGUCGCCAGUAAAAUCAGUCGUAUGAUUCUAGUUGGAUCGGUUGUCAAUAAGACUGCCGUUAUUGUUGACGACAUCGCGGACACAUGUGGCACCCUGAUCAUGGCAUCGGACGUAUUGAAGAACCACGGUGCCAUCAGUUGCCGCGCCGUCGUUGUCCAUGGAUUUCUCUCAGGUCCUGCCAUCCAGAAGAUCGAGGAGAGCUCUUUGGAGAGACUCGUGGUCACAAACACCCUUCCCCUAUCACCGACCGCUCAAAAAUGUCCCAAAAUCGAGUCCAUCGACGUCAGUGGCAUCAUUGCAGAAGCAAUUCGACGGACACACCAUGGUGAAUCUGAUAUCUGCUAUCAAGAGAUCGAAGGCUUGAAAGUAGGUUUGGCAGGCUUUGUGUUCAGGCUUGAUACUAAUGGGAACACGAUGGUCGUCCAACGCUCUGCAACAACGGUGGCGACGGUGUUAGAGCAGCCUUUGUCUCUCGUAGUCGACAGCAACGAUGACACAGCUGGUGACUACUCUCCCAACCAUCACCGUCGGAAUAAGAGACUUCGCAGAGAUGAAACAGGCACCCGGUUAGGCACCAGCGACCCCAGUAGGGUGACGGUGCCUCUGAAUCAAAGCGCCAGCACCGGAGCUAGCACGAGCACCAUGGCUCUGCCCACGCCGCCGACCACCACUCAAAAUCUGAUCAACAAUGAAUUCAGCGUGUCGAAGACGAGAGUCUGGAUGAAGGUACUGGAUCCUGCGUCACAGAAGCUGCUCGCCCGGGUGCCGGAUUCCACUCCAGCAGAGAUCCAAAAAGCCGUGACCGUGGCGGAAGCGGCGCAGACAGCGUGGGCGUCGUUGCCCAUAUCGAAACGGAAAGCCCUGCUUUUCUCCCUGCUGGGUGUUUUGCAGCAGCACACCGUUGACUUUCAACAGUCGCUGCAGCUCGAAGUGGGGAAGACACUGCAGGACGCCGAGUCGGAAUUCGAGAGAGGAAUUGAUGCUAUCCACACGGCGUGCUCAGCCACGGCCGAGAUGAAUGGCAAACACUGGACCACCAAUUCGACAGAGACCUACACGAUCCACCAGCCCGUCGGGGUCUGCGUAAUCAUCACUCCCUUUAAUUUCCCUUUCAUGAUCCCUCUGUGGUCGAUCCCCUACGCUGUCAUCACCGGCAACACAGUGGUCUUGAAACCUUCCGAAAAGGCCCCUUCGACUGCUAACCUUCUAGGGAGAUGUUUCGUACAGGCGGGGUUUCCGCCUGGAGUGAUCAAUAUCAUUCAUGGAUCAUCGGUGACCGUCGACAAAUUGCUCUCGCAGCCUGUCGUCAGCGCGGUAUCCUUUGUGGGCUCCGAACUGGCGGGAGAACGCGUCUACGAGCAUGCCAAAGCCACCAGAAAGAGAAUCCAAGUCGAAGUCAGUGGGAAAAACCACGGGAUUGUGCUGGAGGAUGCGUCCAAGACCAAGACUCUCUAUGCCAUUGCCGGGAGCGCAUUUGGGGCCGCGGGUCAGAGGUGUAUGGCGCUGAGUGUCAUGCUCUGCGUCGGGUCGACCAAGGAAUGGAUCGACGAUCUCGUCCAGCUGGCCGGGUCGCUCAAAGUCGGCUGCGGUUCUGAUCCUGGCACCGAAGUCGGCCCCUUGAUCACGGCCGCGGCAAAAGAGAGAGUGGAAGAUAUGAUCGACCUGGCCGAAGCCGAAGGCGCCCAUGUCGUGCUGGACGGACGAAAAUAUUGCGUGCCCGAAUACCCCGAGGGGAACUUUGUCGGGCCCACCAUCAUCACCAAAGUGCAGACGUCUAUGCAGUGCUACCAGGACGAGAUCUUUGGGCCUGUCCUCGUGUGCAUCGAGGUCGACACCCUGGACGAGGCCAUCGAGAUAGCAAACGAGAACAGGUACGGCAACGGAUGCUCGCUGUUCACGACCGAUCCGGUCCAUGCUCAGACCUUCCAGCGCAAAAUCAACAUAGGCCAGAUUGGAAUUAAUGUUCCGGUUCUGGCGGCUUCGGGUCCUGUUGCAAGAACGGCAAACAAAGACUCAUUCCUCGGAGACAAUGAAUGUGGACGGAGCCCCUGGCAGUUCUUCACAAUGCCCAAAACUGUCACAGCGCUGUGGCGGUGA